GGCUGGUCCCGGUCCAGCAGCAGCAGCUGAUCCUCUCCCAGAUAAAGGGAGGUGCCGCAGUUCCCUGCUCUGCUACGUCUGAUCAGACACAUCGGGGUGGGAUGGUCCAGGCAGCGAAGCCGCAGAGUCCAGUGGGCGGAAAGCAGGGCGCAAUGACCGAAGUCUCAAGCAACGUGUGGGUAGCCCUGGUACUGGGGGUUUUUAGUGCCAUCUUUGCCUGGAUCUGGUUUAGGGGUACCAAUGAGCAGGAGAGGUCGGAGCCCCAGAAAGAGUCCGAACAAGUGGGAGUAGGUGAAAGUGCGCCACGACAGGAGCCCAGUGCGUCUCAGCAGGAGGAUGGCGGUGUCGCGCAGGGGAAGAUGAGCGCACGUAUUCCAGUGGGAGCACAAGUGCAGCCGGUUGUGUCCGCCCAUGUACCCAGGCACGUGUUGGAGCAGGAGUCGCAACGAGUCCCAGAUCAUGAUGCUGCUCAAAAUAAGAAACCAAAAUCCAAAGUGAUAUUAGAACCAAUUGUGAAAGCAAAAGAGUCUCUAAAUCCCUGUCAAACUGAAACUCCACAAGUCUUAUGUAAAACAGAAAAUGGAGCUCUAUCCAUACAAAAGGAGUUUGACUUGGGCAAGAAAGAUUAUCCUGAACCAUCCGUUGCAGAAGAUGAAUUAAUUGUCCCACAAGAAUGUGUUUAUUCUAUGCCAGGCAUGCCAUGUGAAGACCAGGUGGUAGAAUGCAAACUUUCACCAAAUGUGAAAACCACUGGAGCAAUAACAGAAUGUCAAGAACAGGAAGAUGCUUUUCUUCCGCACAGCUCCGGGGGUGGAAACUACGAAGCAAUACUUCUGCCACAAAGUCGCACAGAAGCAGAACAUAUGGAUUUACCAGUCCCAAACUUAAUUGGUGAAAAGUGUGAACCAGUGCAUAGUCCUGAGAAGAUUGAGCUAGUCCGUGCAACCAUAUCAGAUGCAAAGUUACCAGACACUGAUAAUACAAAGCUAAAGAGAGUGGCAGCAGUACAACCAAUGUCCCAUAAUAUAAAAGUUGACUUUAAAGUGCAUUAUAUAACCCACUCUGACACCCAGUGGGUUGCUGUCAUUGGGAAUCAUGAGAAUUUGGGUGGAUGGGAGACCUUAGUGCCACUAAAAUCUGGAAAAGAUGGCUUCUGGUCACAUUCUGUGAUCCUGCCAGCAGACACCAGUGUGGAAUGGAAGUUUGUGAUGGUGGAAAAUGGAAAGAUUAAGCGCUGGGAAGAAUGCUGUAACAGGAGUUUGACUACUGGGCAUGAUGAUGUAGAAGCCCAUGAGUUGUGGGGCUAUCUUUGAGAGAUGUAUGGCAUUUUAGAGUUUACUUGCUUAUUUUGUCCACUUUGACGAUGUCCUGUUUCAUCAGAUACAGUGACUCUUACUCCAGUCUAUUCAACAUGUUAUGAAUGCUUUUAUUGAAAUUGAACCCAUACACUAUUUAUACAGCUAAACUGUAUCCUACAGUUGUGUGUGUGUAUAUACAUGCUAAAUAUGCUGCAUUUCUACAGUAAACAGACAGGAAUUCAUAAGCAAGUUGGGCCUAGUCCGGUUCAGUGAGCCAUAAAAAAACUCACCCCCCCCCCCCCCCAAGGUCUUGGACUUGAUGUGGGUUUUUAAUAUAUUUGAGAGUCCCUUUAUGAGUGGAAGCAAAAAAAACAUUAAAGCAAACCUUGCAUCUUCAGUACAUGGCAUUUCAAUUUUUACCACAAUUAAAAGAAAAAUGUUUCUUUUAAUAGUAUGCCUUUUCCCUGUAUGUUUGCUAUUUAAAUAUGAUUAGGGACGACUAUAUUGCUUUGGCUGAAAUAGUUUAAAUCAGGAUAUCUGUUAAGCCAAUAGGUAUUACAGUUAUAGUUGUCCAAGUUGAAUAUAACUAAAAGCCAGGAAUAAAUUACUUAUGAUCCAUUCAUUUUCACUUUGAAUUGAAUAUAAUAAAACUGUACUUGGGAAUAUGGAAAGUUCCCCUUUUUAAUAAACUCUCUGCAUGUUUGUAGAUAAAUUGUCAUUAAGGAGAAGUGGGUAACUUUAAUAUUAAUAAAACUGCAUUUUGUAACAUGAA